CACCUCUUUUAGAGCAGAGAAGGGAGAAGAUUGGCAUUUGGCUCCAUCCUUGUUUCUCUUUGUGGAAUGCGAGAUAUGUCCAAAUAUGGAUAUCAAUGUUCUUCUCCCUUUUUUUAAAGGUUUAUUUUAUUUUCUGGUGAAGUGAUUGAAUUUACUCACUUGGUCAGAGGGGCUUCAGGAGCCAGCAGCAAGCAGCAGAAGAAAGAAAAAAAAGAAGAAAAAAGACAAGGAGAGGAGAGAGUCUCAGCCCGGAGCAAGCAGCAGCCAACAGCACGAAAAAAGCAGCCAAGAAUGAAAGCUAAGUUUCAUCGGCUUUUGGAGAAUUGAGAGCAAGCGAAUUGCCCCUUUACCAUUUCGAUUGUUCUUGGUUCACUUUUUUUUUUUUAACUCCUGAUCAUGCUCUACUUAGCAUCAGGAGUCCUUGAUCCCUCCGGCUGCAUUUUUUUUCUUGUGUGAAGCACGCAUUUCGACACUGAUAGACGCCAGGGUCCCAACAAAGACCUGAUCUGCUGCUGCUGCUACUGCUGCACAUACUACUGCUAUAUGUGUGUAUUUUGUGUGGAGUUUUUUUCUCCUUUUCCUUCUCUCCUUUUCCACUCCAAAAGCGGUCUGUGAGAGUGUGCAGUCCAAAUUUGCUGGAAGCACAAAACCUCUAGAGAGAGAGGGGAGGAGAGAGAGAGAGAGAGAGAGAGAGAAAUGGAGCAAGCCAUGGAUUAUACUUCCUUCUAUUUCCCCACAAGACAAAGGUUCUCCUAGUUUAGAACAAGAAGUGAGCAUUCGAGAGAGUGAUUUGAUCUUCUAUCUCCUCUCUGUCCAUCUACCUUGAUAUCAUCCUCUUAAGCUUUGCUUUGCUUUGCAGAAACACCCCAUAUCCAGAUCUCCAUCAUUUUUAUCAAUGAUCUGGAUGAAGCAAUGGGCUGCUGAAUUUGCUCAUGGGUAUUAGGCUCCGGAUCAAAUCGAGCAGGAAUAGAGAGAGGGAGAUCACUAGCACCAGGUAGCUAUGGAGUCCGAGGGACUUAGCCUCGGGACAUCGUCUUCCUCGGCGGCUCAGCAGCAAGAACACCAUCAGCAGGCAUCCAGCGCCAAAUCUCCCCAGGAGAAGAGGUCAGAUCAUCAGCAGCAGCCAUCCGUGGGGCGAGGAAAGAUCGAGAUUAAGCGAAUCGAAAACGCUACCAGCCGCCAAGUUACUUUCUCCAAGCGCCGCGGGGGCCUACUCAAGAAAGCACACGAGCUCUCAGUUCUAUGCGACGCUCAAGUUGCGCUCAUCAUCUUCUCCAGCACAGGGAAACUUUUCGAAUACGCCAGUACAAGUAUGAAGGAGAUAUUGGAUAGGUAUGGAAAGUACCCUGAGAGCGUCCAGGGCGGGAAUAUAGCAAGCCAGCACCACGACAGUGAUUACUUCAGCCGCGAAGUCAUAAGGUUGAAGCAGCAGCUGGAGCGCUCACAACAAACUCAAAGGCAUCUCUUGGGUGAUGAUCUCGCUCACUUGGCUCUCAAGGAUUUGCAAAGCCUGGAGCAGCAGCUGGAGCUUGGGCUCAACAGAAUACGUUCUCGAAAGUGUGCACUCUCCAUGCACCAGGAGCAAGUUUUUCUCGACGAAAUCGAGGACCUGCGCAGACGGGAGCUCCAGCUGCACAAGGAAAACGAAAUGCUGCGACGACGAGUAAUGCAAUGCCCAUCAACUUUGUUCUGUUUUUUGAAUCACACAAGGAAAAAUCCUGCUUCUUUCGCAGCUUGCCGACCAUGCGCAGGGAAGCGUCAACCCACUGGAGACAAGGGAACCUCCAAGCUUCGGAAAUGCGUCCUUGUCCUUGUCUUCGAGCAGAUCACAGCAACAACACAAGCAGCAGCAGCAGCAGCAGCAGAAGCAGGCUCAGCAGCAGGCAAUUUCGCAGCAAAUGCAGAUUCAUAUCCAGAAGCAGCAGCAGCAGCAGCAGCAGAGCAGCUUGAGCGACCAAAACCUUCAGACCUCAUUACAGCUUGGUAUAUCACUGUAUGUGUGAGUGCAGGCUGUAUGAGCCGAACCUGGGCGGGCGGCGUUCGUCGCUGAUUCAAGCGUCAUCAGACAGCAGCCAUUGAUCAUGAUCAGCACCGGUUGAACCCCGUGACUAAAAUAACCAGCCACAAUGACCAACAUCCAUUACAAGUGGAUUCUACUUUUACAAGAAAGCUUAAGUAUGAUGUAGAGUAAACAAGUUCUCUUCCGGCCCGGGAUUUGUGGAUCGGUCACUCCAGAGAGUUUUUUACCGCAAAUUGAGAUCGAGAGAGUUUUCGGUUCAGCUGAUGUUUUCGAUCAAAUGGAUCGAAUGGUGAGUGCAUUGAAGUGGUCUGGCCAGCAACCAGCAAAAACAAAGUGAUAGCACAUUCCUUGUGUCAUAUAGGCAAAACAUUUUUAUGCUUGGAGAUCAAGAGGAAAAUUAUUACGUUUCAUA